AUGAUAUUAAAGCUCUUUGACGAAAAAGCUUUACAAAAUUUAACUUUAGUGGUGUUUCGCAGUGCUUCGCUUCUCACACACAUCUUCCAGAUAUCAUUUCACAUCUUUUCUCAAGCUGCCCGCGUAAAUGUUUGCCUUUGUGCGCACACGCUGAAAGAAUGUAGCAAAUCAUUUUUUGUCGUGCUAAGUGUUAAGUAA